GAGUCGCCAAGUCUGGGCAGAUGCUGGGUCCUGCCGCGCGGUUGCAGCUGGGGCGCGGUGGUCCCGACGGCCACUAGAAUUUCAGGGAGUAGCCGCUAGAGAGGGGCUCGGCGCCCGGCGGGGACUGCAGGCAAUGACUCAGGAUGCAGCCUGGGGCCACGACGUGCACGGAGGACCGAAUCCAGCAUGCCUUGGAGCGCUGUCUGCACGGACUCAGCCUGGGCCGCCGCUCUACCUCCUGGUCAGCUGGGAUGUGUCUAAACUGCUGGACCCUGCAGGAGCUGGUCAGCAGGGACCCAGGCCACUUCCUCAUCCUCCUUGAGCAGAUCCUGCAGAAAACCCGGGAGGUCCAAGAGAAGGGCACCUACGACCUGCUUGCUCCCCUGGCCUUGCUCUUCUACUCUACUGUCCUCUGUACACCGCACUUCCCACCAGACUCAGAUCUCCUUUUGAAGGCAGCCAGCACUUACCACCACUUCCUGACCUGGCCUGUUCCUUACUGCAGCAUCUGCCAGGAACUGCUCACCUUCAUUGAUGCUGAACUCAAGGCUCCAGGAAUCUCCUAUCAGCGACUGGUGAGGGCUGAGCAGGGCCUGCCCAUCCGGAGUCACCGCAGUUCCACCGUCACUGUGCUGCUGCUGAACCCCGUGGAGGUGCAGGGUGAGUUCCUCGCCGUGGCCGACAAGCUGAGUACACCUGGGCACUCGCCCCACAGCACCUACACCACCCUGCUCCUGCAUGCCUUCCAGGCCACCUUUGGGGCCUACUGUGACCUCCCAGGCCUGCAAUGCAGGCUGCAGGCCAAGACCCUGGCAGAGCUUGAGGACAUCUUCACUGAGACUGCCGAGGCACAGGAGCUGGCAUCUGGCAUCAGGGAUGCCGCGGAGGCUCGGCAGUGGCUCAGGACCAAGCUGCAGGCAGUGGGAGAAAAGGCCGGCUUCACUGGGGUGUUGGGCACAGGAAAACCUGGGAAGCUUCACACCAUCCCCAUCCCUGUGGCCAGGUGCUACACCUACAGCUGGAACCAGGACAGCUUCGACAUCCUGCAGGAAAUCCUGCUCAAGGAACAGGAGCUGCUCCAUCCAGGGAUCCUGGGGGAUGAUGAAGAGGAGGAAGAAGAAGAGGAGGAGGACUUGGAAACCGACGGAUACUGUGCCGAGAGGGACUCCUUGCUUUCCACAAGCUCUCUGGCAUCCCGGGACUCUACCCUGUCCCUUGCCUCCUCCCAGGCCUCAGGGCCAGCCCUCCCCGGCCAAUUGCUGACCUCCUUUGUGUCAGGCCUCUCAGAUGGCAUGGACAGUGGCUACGUGGAUGACAGUGAGGAGAGCCCCCCCGAGGGGCUGGGAAGGCCUAGCAGCCAGGAACGCCGGGGCUACCGCAGGCCCGGGCAGAAGUUCAACAGGAUCUAUAAACUCUUCAAGAGCACCAGCCAGCUGGUACUACGGAGGGAGUCUCGGAGCCUGGAGGGCAGCUCAGAUACGGCCCUGCCCCUGCGACGGGCAGGAAGCCUCUGCAGCCCCCUGGACGGCCUGGAGCCACCCCGCUCCCGGGCCCAGCGUUCCCGCUCACUGCCCCAGCCCAAGCUUAGCACCCAGCUCUCCAGCUGGCUCCUGGCCCCUGCUUCACGCCACCAGCGCCGCCGUCCCUUCCUGAGUGGGGAUGAGGACCCCAAGGCUUCCACGCUGCGUGUUGUGGUCUUUGGCUCUGAUCGCAUUUCAGGGAAGGUAGCUCGGGCAUAUAGCAAACUUCGGCGGCUGGAGAACAAUCACCCACUCCUCACACGGUUCUUCAAGCUUCAGUUCUUCUACGUGCCUGUGAAGCGAAGCCAUGGGGUCAGCUCUGCGGCCUGUCCAGCCUCUCUGAACCAGACACCCCAACCCUACCCAGACUCCCCGAGGCACCCCAGCCCUGCAGAGCUGGGCACAGUCCCAUGGGAGGAAAGCACCAAUGACAUCUCCCACUACCUCGGUAUGCUCGACCCCUGGUACGAGCGCAAUGUGCUGGGCCUCAUGCACCUGCCCCCUGAAGUCCUGUGCCAGCAGUCCCUGAAGACGGAAGCCCGGCACCUAGAGGGCGCCCCCGCGCAGCUGCCCAUCCUGGCGGACAUGCUGCUGUACUACUGCCGCUUCGCUGCCAGGCCGGUGCUGCUGCAGGUCUACCAGACGGAGCUGACCUUCGUCACUGGGGAGAAGACGACAGAGAUCUUCAUCCACUCAUUGGAGUUGGGUCACUCUGCGGCCACACGCGCCAUCAAAGCUUCCGGUCCUGGCAGCAAGCGACUCGGCAUAGAUGGCGACCGGGAAGCCGUCCCUCUAACACUACAGAUAAUUUACAGCAAGGGGGCCAUCAGUGGAAGAAGUCGCUGGAGCAACCUGGAGAAAGUCUGCACCUCUGUUAACCUCAGCAAGGCCUGCCAGAAGCAGGAGGAACUGGACUCCAGCACGGAGGCCCUGACACUAAACCUGACAGAAGUGGUGAAAAGGCAGAACCCGAAAUCCAAGAAGGGCUUUAACCAGAUCAGCACGUCGCAGAUCAAGGUGGACAAGGUGCAGAUUAUCGGCUCCAACAGCUGCCCCUUUGCUGUGUGUCUGGACCAGGAUGAGAGAAAGAUCCUGCAGAGUGUGGUCAGGUGUGAGGUCUCACCCUGCUACAAGCCAGAGAAGAGCGGCCUCUCCCCACCACCCCAGAGGGCCCCAGACCCGCCAGCCCAGGCUGCACCUGACCUCUGCUCCCUCCUGUGCCUGCCCAUCAUGACUUUCAGCGGAGCUCUGCCCUAGUGUGGGGCCUGGUGCCAGACUGGACAGGAAGCCCUGGGGCAGCCUCCUCUGAGCCCUGCUCCCAGACGUUUGCAGUCUAUGAAGAAUGGAAUGGCCCUAUGCUGAUUUACCAUCCUACUGUGGGUCUUGCAAAGGAUGAAACAGGAUAGUUUCUCAGGGCCUCGGGGCUCUGAGGAAGAAACAGGCAUUAGGGAGAGUAGGACAAGAGCCCAGAGCCUCUCAGUUUUCUCACGGGAGAAGGACAGGGAUGGGUGAGUUGACCUCUGAAAGUCCUGACCACCAGGAUGGACUGAAAUACUUCCUAGAAGGUAGAUCUGAGGCUCUGAUGCUCUGAUGCUAUGGUUUAGGCCUCUCCCAACCCUUGGCUGGGCCUACUCCUUACUUUGUCAAAGACUUGAGGAAUGCUUUGUGGCUGGGGUUCAGUCCCCUCCACUCUGGGGCUCAGGUGGUAGAAACAUAGAUGAGACUUUUCUUUCCUUCGGUACCACCCUUCCCCCAACACACCCAUACCAGCACACCGUCUCACAGUAUCUCUCUCUCAAGUCCCCUGGUCUUCUGAAAACAGCACUAAUGACUGACCUAUUGUCAGACCUGGUACAGAUGCUCUCUUGACUCCCUUUCUGGAUUUGUGAUCCUUGGGAGACAGAACAGGCUUAAAUUCAGGAGUAGCUCAGCUUCCUUCUAGCUAAAUAACCAGAGGAAGUGAAUUAAACUUGACCUUCCAUUUCUUUGAGCUCUGGAAUUGGGGGGGCAGGUGGAAGGGAAUUGAGGAGAAUCCUUAAAGGAUUGAGGAGUUGUCAGCAAAGCCUUAACCCCCUGCCAGGAUUAGUGCCUCAUUUUCUAAAUGCUGAUUCCUCCUUUUUGGGGUACCUGGGAUAUUCUUGUAGCCCCUGGAAUGCUUCUCACUCACACCUCCCCCAGCUGAGGCACAACCCAGACUGAGGAGGUGAGAAGCAUCAAUUCUACCUUCCUAAGGAGGAACUGCCUUUGUCAGGCCAAGACAGGAUGCUUAGGUGCCCCACCCUCCAGCCCCUUCUCUGUCAGGUUGGCCCCAGAGCCUCCACUCCCAACUCCCAUUGUCACUCUUUGGGCUGGCCCACAUUAUGUGCAGAGUUCUUUGGCACCAUUCCAGUACCUGGGCAAGAUUCCAGAGCAGAGGAUGGAGAGACUGGCCUCAUGGCGCUUAGUGCCUAAUGGGGGAGAGAUGAGACUGGGAAAUGAUAGCACAUGAGAGCCUGCAAUUUAAAACUGCCAGGUUGAGAAAUGGAGUCCCAGCGUGCCUCUUCCUCACUGCCCUCCAAUUCCCAGGGCAGCCAUGUUGCCAAAAUGAAAGAAGCAGAAUCAGUACCACUUACUGCUGCCGCCCCAGCCCCCAUUACCCCAGUGGGAAGAGACUGGAGAUGAGGAGGAUUGGAGUCCCGUUGGGCCACCCAGCCUUCUGGGCCCUCCCCUCAUGGCCAGUGGAAAGCCUGGUGAUCCUAAGUCAGGAAACCACAGAGUAGCAGAAGAUACUUGGAAUAAAUAUGACCAAUAAAGAGCUCAUAUCUAGAAUGUAUAAAGAACUCAUCCAGACAAGCUAUUAGGAAAAUUAGCAAAAGACCAGAGCAGUCACCUUAUAAAAAUGGAGUUCCAAAUGAACAAGAAAUCUGAACAAGUACUCAGCGUCAUUAGUCAUCAAACAAAUGCAAGAUAAAAACACACCACUUUGAAACUGGAACUGCUGGUGGGACUGGAAAAUGGUGUAAUCAUUAUGGAAAAUAGUAUGUUGGUUUCUCAAAAAGUUAAAAAUAGAAUUAGGAUAUGACAGUCCCACUUAUACCCCAAAAACUGGAAGUAGGAUCCUGAAGAGACAUUUGCACACCCAUGUUCACAGCAGUACAACUCACUAUCGGCAAGAGGUGGAAGCGUCCCAAAUGCCCUUGACAGAAGAAUAGAUAAACAAAAUGUGGUGCAUACGUACAGUGGAAUGCCAUCCAGUCUUAGAAAAGAAAAAAUGUCACAUACUACAACA